ACCCCAAGGGGGGUAGCUGUAGCCGAGACAUGAGGGACCUCCACAGGCCCCCGAAGAAGAAGGGGGGUCGGAGCGCAAAGAGGGAAGGGGAGGGAGACUUCCCUCCUCCUCUCCCCACCAAAGUGGGGUCAUAGGGGGAGGUCUCCCCCACCCCAGAAGCUACCAGUCUCCUCCUCUCUCAGAAGGUUGGCUGACUCUUGUUGAUGUUAUGUUGAGGCCUACUGAAGAUCAGUGGAAUGGGUGCGUGAUAGCCAGGGGACUGCUCUAACAGCUGGGGUCUCACCAAUAUGGGCCAGUGUGUCACUAAGUGCAAGAAUCCUUCUUCCACCCUUGGCAGCAAAAAUGGUGACCGGGAGUCGAGCAGCAAGACUCAUGGCAAACGGAGCACGAUCCACAAAGAAGAGCACAGCACUGUUGGCGCAAAGUCCUCUGGGGACAUUCUUGUCAAUGGGACUAAGAAGAUGGAGGCUGCUGUAGAGUCCAGUCACCCGCCGACUUCCUCUGGGGAUGCAAAGAAAGAGCCAGUCUCUGGCACUGAGGAAUCAUCUCUCCAUAGGACUGAGGAAUUAUUUAGGAGGUACAAGGAUGAACGGGAAGAUGCCAUCCUAGAAGAAGGCAUGGAACGUUUUUGCAAUGACCUCUGUGUUGACCCUACCGAGUUCAAAGUGCUUGUCCUUGCGUGGAAAUUCCAAGCAGCUACCAUGUGCAAAUUCACAAGGACAGAAUUCUUUGACGGCUGCAAAGCAAUACACGCGGACAGCAUUGAGGGGAUUUGUGCCCGAUUCCCCUGCCUCUUAAACGAAGCCAAACAGGAAGAGAAGUUCAAGGAUCUUUACCGGUUCACUUUCCAGUUUGGCUUGGACUCCGAAGAAGGACAGAGGUCGCUCCACCGAGAAAUAGCCAUUGCCCUUUGGAAGUUAGUCUUCACACAGAACAAGCCCCCGAUCUUGGACCAGUGGUUACACUUCUUAAACGAGAACCCCUCAGGAAUCAAGGGAAUUUCCCGGGACACGUGGAACAUGUUCCUCAAUUUUACUCAGGUCAUUGGGCCAGACCUUAGCAAUUACAGCGAGGAUGAGGCUUGGCCCAGUCUCUUCGACACCUUUGUGGAAUGGGAAAUGGAGCGGCGAAAAAAGGAAGAGGUGGACAAAUGCAUUGCAGCUUCACAGACAGAGAGCUUCAGUGCUGACCAUCCUACUUAGCGGCCGUGAACAUGUUGGCCGCCCCCUGUUGAACCCUUCAUCAUUUGUAAGCUCUGGACUCCUCUGGAAUUUACAGACGCUCCAGAUUUUUCUACUUUACACCUUUCUCUGCCUUGUUACCUGAAAGGGCUCUAAAAUACCAGAUCCAUAUUUUAGGCACUUUCAUUUAUAAAAAAAAAGUUUUGGGUUAUUCCUGUUCUUUUCCUGGAAUGUUUGAUUCCGUUUGCAAGUUAAACAAUUAUUUUUCUCAUUUUCUUUUUUUUGAAACAGGUUUCAGAUUUUGAGAUAAUUAUGUCUUGACCUUGGUUGCACAACUUAAACAAAAACAAACCUUUUUGGUGAGGUUUAAAUUAACAUUGCUAAAUUAUACAGUGCCAGAUUUGACAUUCUGCAACAUGGUUGUUUUUUUCCUUCAGGACAGGUUUAUACUGUGUGUAAUGCUGUUUACAUUGUUGGAUUUUUUUAUUUUAAAGUUGUAAUUAAUUUUAAGAUGUGUACCACAAUUGAUAACAGUGUUAACUGUUAACUACAAACGCAUUAAUUUCCAGGUGAAUAAGACUCUGAAAGCCAAUGAAAGCAGCAUUUUCCUUUCAUAUAGCCUGGCUAGCUUCUUAUAAGUCAGCCCCCCCCCUUUUAAUGAGGCGACUUUUUUUUUUUUGGUUAAAAAAACCCUUUGUACCUGCCAUCUGGUGGAGCUUUUAGUAACCUCUUUUUGUAGAUUCAGCCAUGAGACAAAACAGCCAACUUUCUCUCUAAAGAGGGCUUCUUUUACUUUCCUGAGACCCCAGAGCGUCCCCUGUCCCAGUGAGCCAUAACUUGAGGCUCAUUUUUAACAGCAGGCUCUUUCUACUCCCUUGGCAUCCCAACAUGACCAUAAAGGGGUGUGGUUUUUUCCUAAAACCCCCAGCAGUGACUUGGCAGUGGUUUGGCUAAUAGCAGCCCCUUAGAAGGCUUGUGGAGGUAUUUUCUCUCCAAUUCUUCCUUCUCCAGAGCUAAAAGGACCAUUAGGACGGGCAUUAGGGUCUCCUGACAGCUUGCAGACCUGUAACUGACCAGUACAUGCUUUCUGCAAAGUGCAUCAAAAGAAUAGUGCAUCCCCUCUUCGUAGAGGCCAUUGAUUUUUUUCCAAGCGGGAGCCUCUCUCCUUUUUAGAUUAAGGACCAUAUUUUUCACAGUCCUGCAAAAGCAUCUUUACUUAACUUUAAAAGCCAAAGGCAAGUUAUGCUCCAAGGUUUUAACUUAAUGUUGGCAGAAGUGGCAAUUUCUUACCCCUUCAAAAACACCCUCCACAACCUUCUGCUUUAAUUUUUAUACUUUCUGUAUAAAAGUAUUACUUUCUUUGGCUGACGAGUAUAUCAUACCAGGGUUGGAACUUGCUCUAAUAUUUUGUCCCCUCCCACCCAUUUCUUAAGUUUGAAUUGCUCAAUCGUAGUUAAUGUCGCCCCCUUUCUCCCUGCCCCUUCCCUCCACCUCCAUGAGAAAAUUUACAUCUGAUAAGUCUGAUUGCUGCUGUGUUUCUGGCAAAGCCCCUCCUGCACUGCGUUCCAGACCAAGAUUUAACCAUUGUAUCUUAUAGCACACCACCAGUGCAACAAAUCUGAUGUUUCUGCUUCUCAGACAGCCAUUGAAAGGCCCAGAAGAUUUAUUUUAUUAAAAAGUAUGGCCUUAAGCGGCAACCUGGCUGGCAUCUUGAUUUGGGCUGACUUAAACGAUGUUUCAAUAGGACUGAAUUUAUCUUUUAUUUCUUUUUCUUUUCAAACAAAAACAUGUACUUGGAACUAUUGGCUUGCUUGAAACUGUUGUGACCUUAAAAAGGGAGUUUUAUUAACACUGGCAGAAUUAACUGACUUUUAAAAAUGUCAACAUUUAAAAAACCUUUGGUAAAAGGGAUGAUUGCUGAGGCUUUCUUGGGAAAUGAACCUGACCUCCACGCUACAUUUUUUAAGUAUAAAAUUUUAUUUUCAGGCUUGCAAUGAAGGCUCAAAGUAUGCUUAAUUUAAAAACAAACACAAUCUCUCUUUCUCUCUUGAUGAGUUGAUGGCUUAGAUGAGCUGCGUUCUGAAUCUGCUUACAAUUCUGUCAUGUUCUAAGGAGGGCAGGAUGUUUGUAAGGAGCUUCAGACUCGGCAGUGACAGCCUGUUCCUCCCGCAGUGUUGGCUGGGCAGGUGUUCUGCAAAGCCUUCCCUCUAGGCCUGUUUCUGCUACGGGGUAAUCUUGCCAAUGAGCUGAGUGUGCAAGUGUGGAUCCUGCACUGCUGUAUAGCUUUCUUGCGCAGGAUGGCAAGACGGCAGACAUGGCAUCACUUAGCUGUAGCAUUUUGGUUCCCCUCCCAAGUUUGCACAGGUAUUUUUGGGGGGGGGGAAUAUUACCUGCCCCAUAGGGAUAGUUCCAUCAAUAUGGUUCGUCUCCGUUUUCAGUCACUAACAGCGGGGGGAAGAUUUAAAAUUUACAAAAAUAAAUAAAUACUUGAAAUUGACAUCUCUUGCUUGUCAGCAGUGGGGGGUUUGACGUUAAUUUUGUUGGUUUCUAUUAAUAUUUAAUACAUUAAGAUACCUUUUUUAAAAAUUGCAAAUGCCUCCCAAAGGUGCUUGGUUUUAAAGGUGCAGCUGGCGACUCCUGCGGCCCCGUCUGGAGUCCCUGUAGGAGCUCUUUCUUUCAUGUUAAGACUGCAUGUGCAUUCUGUUGAUGUUAUUUUUUAUUGGCUAAUUACAAAGGAAGUUUUGUGCCUAAAAUGAGGAGGGGGGGGGAGACUUUGUCUUGUGUUAACUAGGUCCCAAAGGCCCUGAACCCUCUCACUUGACCUUGCAAAGUAUUUAACCACAUGCUUGAAGGUUCAGCUCCUGAGGACUUGAGAACCAAACCUUGGUUAUUAAACUCAUAAAUGAAUUUACAGUAA